AUACAAAGUGUGGUUGUUCUUCCUGUUCACUAAGACUGACAUCAUCUCACAAAACGCGGAAGUCACAGUUCCCCAACCUCUCGCCCAAAUAUACUUAGUUUUAGUACAGCCAAAGUGGACCAAAUCAGGGCACUAACCUAGGGUCCAUUUGUGUUUCCACACUGAGGAGAGAUGAACAAGGGGAAGUCUAAAGGGCAGGAGAACAUGCCCAGCUCCCUUCUCAACAUCCAGGAGAAUGAACGUCUGGUGGACUUGCUGGGCCGGAGAUGUGUGUCUCUGGCCACUGCUGUUGUACAACUCUAUAUGGCCCUUCCCCACAGUCCAGCCCACUGGAGUCUACAGCAUACCGGAGUGCUGUGUUUUGUCAAGGACAACCCACGCCGCUCAUACUUCAUCCGCCUUUAUGAUAUCAAGGAGGGAAAAAUGAUAUGGGAGCAAGAGUUGUACAAUCAGAUGUCUUACUCCUUUCCAAAGCAUUUUUUUCACAGUUUCCCAGCAGAUGACUGCCAAGUAGGUCUAAACUUUGCAAGUGAGAAGGAAUCUGAGCUGUUCAAAAUCACGGUAGAAGAAAAGAUCAACCAGCGAUCCAAUCGCCAAGAAAGAAGACAGAAUGUUCCAAAUGAAGAAAAACGAGCUCUACCACCCACACCACCUUCAAAUGGUCCAAUGGCCACAACAGAUAUCGCAAACCCAGACAUUUUGGUCUUACAGAACCGAUCUCCUAGUGUCCCUGUGCCUGCACCUGCAGGCUUUAACAUAUUAAAAAAGAACAAGAAGGACAAGAAGAAGGGACCUAGACUGACCAAAGCAGAUAUUGGAGCACCCAGUGGUUUUAAGCAUGUCACACACGUAGGAUGGGAUCCAAACACUGGUUUCGAUACAAAUAAUCUGGACCCAGCCUUGAAAAAACUGUUUUCCUUUGCUGGUAUCAGUGAAGACCAGCUGACAGAUAAAGAGACAUCCAAACUUAUCUUUGAUGUCAUUGAGCAGUCUGGUGGCCUGGAUGCUGUCAGAGAGGAGAUGAGGAAGCAGGAUGCAAUGAGUCCUCCAUCUCGGAGUAUUCCCCCAGUCCCGGGUGGUGCACCUGCAGCCCCUGCACCUCGUGGAGACCGGGGCCUUCCUGCCAUCCCUGGCCAACCUCCACCAGCUCCUUCAUCUCGCAAUCAAAGAGCCCCCCAACGUGGAGCCCUUCCACCACCUCCUCCUCCUUCUGGAAGACCUGGACCCCCACGUCCUCCACCUCCAUCUGGUGGUUACUCAGCUUCCCCACCUCCUGCCUCCAGUGCUUCUAUGGGUGGAGGAGGAGCACCUCCUCCUCCGCCACCCCCUCCCCCUCCUCCACCUCCUGCUCCUAUCAGUAGCUCCAGCAGCAGCAGCCCGAUCAGUCCUUCUCCAAGUCCAGGAGGUGGCAGAGGAGCUUUACUGGACCAGAUACGACAUGGCACCAAGCUAAAGAAUGUUACAGAGAGUUCUGAUCCUCAUCCUUCAUCACAAGAUGGAGAUGGUGAAGGCAUUGUUGGUGCUCUGAUGAUGGUGAUGCAGAAAAGAAGCAAAGUCAUUCAUUCCUCAGAUGAUGAAGAAGAUGAUGGACUUGAGGAUGAAGAUGAUGAUGAAUGGGAUGACUAAUACCAAUAUAAAUCUCUGGUAUCCCUCUUACUAUGACAGGAGGCUGAAGCAGAUUUUGGUCCAUACUGAAAAGUAUCCCAUCCUUCCUGUUCAAACACAGAGAACCUACAUCCACCUCGGAUCCUAGUAAAUUUCAUUAAUGUCUUCUCACUAUUAAUAGAACAGUGCAGAUUUUAGCUUUUUGAGUAUUAAUUACUUAUAAUGACCUGAUAAUAAUGCUACUUGUGACUUUUAUAGGAUUAUUUCAAAAAUUGUUAUAAACACUGUCUGAUAUUAAUCGGUAUAAAUAAAACACAUCACGACACUCGAAAUUUCGUAAUUUUCAAAAAUUGCAGCUGUGAUUUGUCUGAUGCAGACUUGCUCAUGAGUGCUUACUAUUAAAGACUGAAAAGGAAAGCUA